GCAGCAGAUAACAUAACGCUGACCUACUAGCUAGCAACCUGCAAAAGGGUGGGCAAUCUGGUGAUUUUGAACUCCCUCUGGUGGUGUUAUAAAUACUCGUCUCAGCGGCAGCUGCUCCGGGUCUUUCUGUAUGAGAUUUGCUUUUGCUUUUGCUUUUGCUUUUCUUUGUUGCUUGUUCUGUUAAUCUGCCUCCCCCAACUACAUCACCAUAGUCACUUGAAACCUCACUGCUCUCAAGUUCAUCUAUAUAUUCUUUAAUUACUACAAGUUUGUGCCCAGGGUUGAACCAUUUUAGUCGGUCUGAUCAAACGCAUAAGUGCAGUGUUUUGAUUUUCUUGGCUUUGCUACAUUUGUAGCAGGAAGCGAAGAGGGUCAUAAUGAUACGUGCACUGGGAAGCGUUGAUGAGAAAAGACUAAGCAUGACCUUUGUGGCUAUGCUUUUGGCUUUGGUGUUACUGUUCUUUGUGGUGGAGUCAAUCCAAGAGGAAGCGGUGGGUCAUUCAAGCAUUAAAAGGAUGGUCUUUUCCAAGAAAAACAGCUCUGCCGUUGCUCGGAAGCUGCUGCAGUCCUCUGGGGGCGGUGAUGCUAAUAGAAUUGGCACGGCCUGCACGAAGGAUGACAUUGUGAUAUUGCAAGGCUCAACGGCACCGCUUCCUAAUGGAAUUCCAUCAUACAGUGUUGAAAUCGUGAACGUGUGCGCCGACUUGGGUUGUAGUAUCUCCAACAUUCACGUCAGCUGCGGAUGGUUCAGCUCUGUCAGGCUGAUCAACCCCACGGUAUUCAGGCGACUCGACUAUGACGAUUGCCUGGUGAAUGAUGGGGAGGCUCUUGGCCCUGAACAAUGCCUCUCGUUCGAAUAUUCAAAUAGCUUUAGCUACCCUCUCUCUGUCACAUCAGUCACCUGCUGCUAAACUUAGCCAGAACACUGAACGCCCCAUGCCUUAAACUAUAAAUCUCAGGCUCACCCGGCCAUAUGCAUAAUGUUUAUUGUUGUACUGUAUAAUAUUUGUCUACUUGAUUUGCAUGGUAAGGAAGAGACCAAGCAUAACAGGGCUUAAGAGUUGAGCAACAACAUUAAUUUUGUGUGCCCUCGAAGGGAGUUUAGCUAAGAGUGCCUGUUUUUCC